AUGCCACCCAGGAACAUGUGUGGCUUGGAGCUGGUGUGUUGGGCUCUCAUCCUCAUGCAGCUGGGCACAUCAGAGCUGACCGGGGUCUCACAGCAGAAGGAUGAGCAGCAGUUACAUACAGCAGGACCUAGCCCAGGGCUAAAGAAUUUGUCUACAGUCCGUGGCUUCCGGCACCCACACCCUGCUCUCCGGUACCCGUUGUACAUGAUGCAGCUGUACAGAUCUCUGGUCAUUGGGAAUCACCUGGGACAGCCCACCAUGGAGACAUCAGCACUGCAGGAAUCUGACUCAGUCUUAAGCCUCGUGGCUAGAAGUUCUCUCCAGGCUGGGGAUCACUGGACUCUCUCUUUCGACAUGACCUCCAUCUCCGGCAGCCAUGAGGUGAGGCUGGCCGAGCUGCGGGUCCGCCUGCCGUCCUUCCCCCAGUCCCACAAUGUGACGGUGGACAUCUACCACAGCCACGAGCGCAAGCACCAGGGCAACCAGACCCGCGUGGACAGGCUCUUCCUGGGCACCUUCACCAGCAGUCCUGCUGUCAGCCACUCCUCCUGGAGAGUGUUCAACAUCACCAGCUUGCUUCAGUCCUGGCUCCACCAAGGGGUGGCCUCCGGCAAUGGGAAGCAUGCAGAUGCUCAGGGCUCCCAGGGGCAGGAGAGGGAGGAGAGGACCGGGUCAGACAGCAAUGCCACUGGAUCGACGGGUGUGCAGAAUUCCAGUGGCUCCAGCAAGGCGGAGCCAGCCGUGUCCCAUGGUGUGACAGACAAGGUCCUGCUGGUUGUCUUCUCCAAAGAUAAACCUUCAGCAGAGCCCUCCCGGGCAUCCACCCUCAUCAGAACUGCGGAGACCUCCAAGCAUGUCAUGAUUGACAACGCUGCCAAAGAGCUGGGGAACCGCCGGCACCGCCGGAACAAGCAGGAGAGGCAAAGGAUUAAAAUGGCCGACCUCUCCACCCCGGGCCUUGGGGAGGAAGGCAGGUCUCUGUGCAGGAGGGUAGAUAUGAUCGUGAACUUUGAGCAGACCGGCUGGGGAAGCUGGAUCGUCUACCCCAAGAAGUACAACGCCUACCGGUGUGAGGGAGAGUGCCCAGCGCCCGUGGAUGAGACCUUCAAACCAACUAACCAUGCAUAUAUUCAGAGUUUGCUGAAGCUGUACCAGCCCAACCGGGUGCCCUGUCCAGCCUGUGCUCCAGUCAAGAUGAGCCCCCUCUCCAUGCUGUACUAUGAGAAAGGGGAAGUCGUCCUCCGCCACCAUGAAGACAUGAUCAUCGAGGAAUGUGGCUGCAACUGA